GAUUCCAGGCAACAUGUCACCUGCUUCCUUGUCGACAAGUCUCAUGUUUCUAUUUACAACUCUCUUCAGGGGAAUCUUGAUGUAGAGAACUUGGAGUCUUAAUUCUUUUUGUCUUUUUCUUGAACUGGUUUUGUGGAUUUAUUAAUGCUGCUGCUGGACUGUGUUGGGAAACAUAAUCUUGCAGACCAGUUCAACUGUCAACUCCACGUUAACCACAGACCCCGUCACUGUCCACUAUAUCCUCUGUCUCCCUGCAGCAGCAUGGCCAAAGGAAAGAAAGGCAAAAAGUCUACCGGGAAGACAAUCACCUUGAAAAUGGCUCAGAACUACAUGGGGCUGACGCUGGAUGGUAAACGGCGUCUGGACCUCAGUUUCAAGGAGUUCGCCACGGUGCCUAAGUGCAUCCAGAAGCUGUGGGAGAUCGAUGAACUGGACCUGAGCAGGAACCUGAUCAGAAAGAUUCCAGAUUUUAUUGAUAAAUUCAUCAACAUGAGUGUUUUGGAUCUGCACAGUAACUACCUGGAGGCGCUCCCUGUGACUAUCGUCCAUCUCCAGAACCUGCUGGUUUUGAACCUGUGCAACAACCGUCUGACAAGCGUCCCCAGCGAGCUGGGCCUGCUGAAGAAACUCCACACACUGAAUCUGGGUCUCAACCUGCUGGAGGAUCUCCCGUCCUCCAUCGGAGCCUUGAAGGAGCUCCGCCACAUCGGCCUCUCGGACAACCGAUUCACCCGCAUCCCCCCCUGCCUCUCGAGGAUGAACAAACUGGAGAAGGUCAACCUGGACAGGAACCCCAUCCUCACCGAGCUGACACCCAGCCACGGGUUAAUAAUGACAACAGAGAGGCUUUACCUGGUCACAGAGAGCUGCCUGUGUGACACCUGCCUGAAUAUGUGUCAAACUGAGAGGAGGAAGAUGGAUGAUGUGGUGAAAAGCAAAAUAACUUGAGCUAAGAAGACAAGGAAAUUUAUUGUUAAAAACACAUUCAUACAAGGCAUAUAUGAAAUUUAAAAUGAUUUAUUUCUCCUUUUAUUUUACCUCC